ACACAAGCAAAUCCAGUAGGAGCUCCGUAGAUGCAUGUGCUCUGUGGCAACUACACAUAAGGAGAGACGGCAUAGUGCCGUUUGCUGCAGGAUCUCGGCCUGCAGAUCAUGAAGGCCCGGCACUUGCAGCGAUGCUGCGAAGCCCGCAGCCGCCCAUCCAACCACGCGAACAUGUACAUGCUUUCGCUUCAGCUCACAGCUCAUGGCAUCAUGCUGUUCCUCUUCGCCAUAGCAGUGCAAGUCCACGCAUUCGACGGAAUCAGAACACACGUUCUCGAGACAGGCGAACAAGAAGAUGGCCCAACGGUUGAGCUGGGGAUUCGUGUCAACUAUUACGACGCGUGUUAUUCGGGCACUCAUGCGCACUCUCGAAGGGGUGGUUUGGGUUGUCUUUGUGUUGCGGUGGUGUCAAGCUGCUAUUUAUGCUUGUGGAGGUAACGUCACGGGCGAAUAGAACAACACGAUGGCGGAGUAAGCGUUCGCACAGUGGCUCUUCCGAGCUUUGAGUGAGAUUAUGUAAGAAGGAAGAUUGAAGGCAUAUGAUGGCACAGAGGCAAUUGGUGAAGGUGCUCUCCCACUCCCCUAUACAAGAAGGA